AUGUGCGAAAAAGCGUUUAUCAAUAUUAAGAAAUCUGUUGGUUUGGAAACCACUUUUGGUCAGGGAUAUAAUUCAUUUAUUCAAGCUAUUAAAAGGCUUAUCGACACGGAAAAUAUUCUCCCUGUUUCAAUUGACCAACAUGCUAAUAGUGAGAUGAAACAGUCAAUCGAUAAUGAACGAAAAAGUAUGAAGCAAUGGCGGCAAGAUCGGGAUAGAUUUCAAAAUGAGACGAAAAAUCAAGCUCGGAUUAUUGAUGAAGAAAUGAAAAGAUAUCAUGAUAAAUAUCGCGAAGUUAUUCGUAGCAAGGAGGAUUACGAUCGGGCCAAUGAGGACAAAUCUUACUCUAAAUUGGAUGUUGAAAAGGCCUUGAUUGCCUACACCUUGAAGCACAAUGAAUUCAAGCGGGCUCGUUCGGAUUUCUCCGCAGCUUUGGAGCAAUUUAACCUUCACCGUCGCUAUCACUACAACUCCACAGUGAAGAAAUGGGGCGAAGCUGGUCAGAUUUUGGAGUCCUAUCGAAUCAUAAAAACACAGGAGUUGAUUUCAGUUAUAGUGGAACGCCUUCGAGUAGUGAUUGAACGUUUAAACACAGUCGCUACAGAUUUGGAAUCCGCCGCGGCUAUGAUGGAUGCUGAAAAUUCACUGUAUACAAUAGAUUAG